AUGUGGACAGUAUUCCAAUUAGCGCUGCACCCCGAAUAUCAAGACAUCAUACGACAGGAAAUCCACGAUCUCACCAGCCGCGACACUUCACCGAUCCCUAUCUCCGAGCUCGACAUGCAAACGCUCAGGAAGGCUUCACGCACGGACUCCUUUAUCCGCGAAGUCCUCCGGAUGAAAGGUGACGCCGUGAACCUAGUACGAAUGGCGCGCAAGGAUGUCCAAUUAGGAGACUACAUCGUUCCCAAAGGUGCGUUGAUACGUAAACUCUCCACAUACAGGCUCCUAAGACAGGUGGCAGGGUCCCUCAUCUUACCACUGGUAUCAUUAUCCAAUCGGUCCCCGCGUUAUAAUGAAGGAGAUCCGAAGAAAUUCGAUGGUAUACGCUGGGUAGAGAAGCAGAAAGCGGCUUCCACUACUGAUCCCGGCCAUCUUUCAUUCGGGCUGGGCAGGUGGGCUUGUCCGGGGAGGUUUCUGGCCGUUGCCGAAAUCAAAUUGGCGGUUUUCGCACUGCUUGCGGAUACCCGUUUGGAACUUGUUGGUGGGAGAUACGAUGUAGCUGACAAGUUCAAUAUAACUGGUAAUCCGCCUGAAGGGAAAUUAGUGUUUAAGAGGAUUAACGCUUGUUGA